CUUGAGGAAUCCAUCCACCUGAGAACUGUUAUUUCCUUUUCUCUUUCUUCUUCGUUAAAUCACUGAGGCAAAGAUUGAAGAACAUGAACCAAAGGUGAGUCGAGGAGCUGAAAUUGAAGAGCAAGGAAGACAACAUGGAAGGUGGAAAUUGUAUGAAAAUCGUCAAAGCUCCUUCAUGGCCGCCAAGAACUUCCUCUGCCUUUUACCGUCGCCGUGUGAAUCGAAAUUCCCCUGCCCAUUUCCUUCCUUGUAGUGGGGAUUUGAACUUGUUAAACUCUGCGCUUUUAUUGGCGUUGACGGAGCGGAGAACACAAGAGGAAUGGACGACCAGGAGAUAAAAGCUAUGAUGGAUCGAAUCUCCACCAUCUCCCACCGUCAAUCGCAGUAGGGGCUUCUCUGGAUCUUCGUAAGGUUACAGUAUACAAAAUACUUUCGUUGCUGGAGCGGUCACUUGCAACAAACAAAAACAAAAUACUGAAUUCGGAUACAGAAUACCAACCCAGAACCCCAUCUCCAGAACCCAUCACUAAUAUCUCAAAACCCCAUCGCAAGAACCCAAACCUAGGCUUUCAUCAGAGGCGACGAAAUAGGAAUCAACGCUGCAGAUCGAACAAGAUUGAUUCCAGGUUUCUUAUUGAAGAGGAAGCAUGAUGGGAGGAUUAAGUCGGAAUCCAACGCCGGAAUGCAGGCAUCCUUUCCUCACCCAUCUUCCUUCCCGACGUCGAUGCUUCCGGAGUGAACUCCACAUCUUCUAAUUUAUUUUUUAUAUUUCUUCCAUUUUUCAUUAAUUUUUGUUAAAUAAGUAAUAUGAAUAUAUGAUAAAUCAAAUAGACACAGUACGUGGAAUGAUGAGGUGGAAUAAUAAUAUUAAUUUUAAAUUUUUUUAAUUUUCAUAUCAUCUAGUUAACGGUCAAACUUUAUAGUUGACUGCCAUGUAGGACAAAUUUAACGGAGUGUAACGGUCAGUGACUAACGGUGAAAUGAUUCGUAAAGUUAGUGGUUGAUAAGAAAGAAAAAUAAUUCGAGUGACAAACGUGAAAAUUUUAUGUAAAGUGAGUGACCAAACAUGUAAUAUAGCCGAACUAAUUCUGUGGCAGUCGUUGUCUUCUCUUGCUGCUAGAAGUCCCAACAUCCGUAUUCCUCUGUUCCGUUGGAAGCUCCCAGAAGAAUCUCACUCCAAUUAGCGUUGGGCUUUCAAACGAAGACAGAGGAUUAUUUGCGAGAAACAGAGGUAGUGAUCCUUUAAUCCAAUUCUAUUAGAUGGAUUGACAUAGGUAACUUUCUGUUCCCGCUCACUAUAAACACAGGUUUCGAAGGUGCGUUUGAAACCACAUCUUUGGUAAUGGCAGUAAUGGAGACAUAUUUUGACUGGCGGCAAACAAUCGGCCGGCGGCCAACAUCAUCGAGCUCGUAUGGGGGAGCAAAACCUAAAUACCAAAUCAGACCGGCUUUUCGGUUAAAAAAAUAUUUACACUGCUUGUUCCAAUUGUUGACGCUGCAUGUACCGCAGAGGGCCUGACCCCAUCGGCGGCCAAAGCAGGCAGAAGGCAAUGGAGUGCUCUCUUUUUUAUUCCUACAAAAUAAAUGUACAAAGAAGAUAGGUACUCUAGGAAAGUAGCGGAUGCAAUUAAUUGUUUUGGAAAGUGGCCAAUUGAUCAACAUAUAAGGAAUUACAAACACAAACAUGUGCCCAUCUCCACCUAAAAUCGAGUUAAUUAAAUAUUUGGACACUUGGCGGUUGGUUAUUGAUCGGGAGUACCACGUCACUAAUCUCGGGAUGGGAUUAGGUGCUAACCCUUAUAGGGUUAGCACCGUGAUAACUAGCAAAAAAACGUUACUAAAAAUAACGAAAUCACUACGGGUUAUUAUAAAAUCACUACUAAUUCAAAUUAGUAGAGUUUUUCCUUUGAUUAAGACAGUGCUAACUAUUGUACAAUUAGCACCGUAGCCGGUCCCACCAAUCUCACGUGGUACUCCCGGUGUAGGCAAUAAUUUCUCAUUUUGCAUAGGGUGAUAUGCUUCUCUCUCAUCAUUUUCUCCUGGGGGCUUGGUGGAGACUGGAGAGAGAUUAAAUGAGAUAAGACCCGUCAAAACUCAAAUGAACACAAGGAAGAAAAGAAAAAAAAAAUCACUUUAAAAAAACAACGAAUUGUGCAUGGAUUUCUCAUGGUUGUUAAAAUUGGAAUGAACUGCCAAACCGGUCAGAUCACUAAAAUCAGCAUUCGGCCAUCAGAUAAAUUCGAAACUGUCAAGUGUCAAUUAGUGGCUUGCUUUGAGCCAGCCGGACGAUAUUACAUUUCAAGAGGUUCAAUGCUAGAACUGGAUGAACAUUCCAACCAAAUCAGAAUUAUUUUAGGUUUAUUUACGAGGAUUGCUAUUCGUCGUCCUAAUUAAAUUAAAUUUACUUUAAUGUCUUUAGUUCAUUUAUUUGUCUUUAAGGUAAAUUGCAAGGUUGGUCACUAAGAUUACUAAAAAAAACUCAUGUUUGGUCACCACAAAUAUUAAAUUACAUUCGUGGUAACUCAAAUUAGUAAAACAUUUCAAGUUUGGUCACUCUUCUUCCAACUCCGUUAAUUUUUAUUUAUGUGACAGUCAACUCUUAUAGUUGACUGUUAAAUGUUUGAAAAAAAAUUAAUUUUUAAUUUCUUAAAAUUUCCACCUCAUUUACCCUAUUAAAAAAAUAAAAGUAAAAUUAAUUUUUUUUUUGUAAUUCAACAAACCCUAACUGUCCACUCUUGCAUGCCCCCACCGCCGCCUCUCAAUCUCUCUUCUCGCCGCCGCGUCCCCUAGCAAUUAACAUGCGAAGACGCUCCCUCCGAUUCACUUCUCUCUCUCUCUCUCCUCUCAGCUCGCAGUCGUCUUUCACUCUUUUGCCGGCAAGAUUGUCGCCGACUCUUCCAAAUCCGUAUUCUGUCGCCACUCACUCCUUCACCAGCGAGAUCCGGGUAAACGUAACGGCCGUCAGCAAUCGAGGUUGUAUGUGUGUCGUGACCGUCGGAAUCGCGAGUGGAGCGAAACUCGGAGAAAACAGACGAGACGAGGAGGAAUCGGGAGGACAAAGGAGGAGGAUUCCCUAAUUGCUCUUGCUUGCCAGAGGAAGCAGAGGCCAAGGCGAUAUUGAAGGGAAUUAAGGAGGCGGCGACUAGAGGAUUUACACCUUUGAUCGUGGAGAGUGACUGUUAAUAUCUUAUUGAGGAACUGGAAGAGGAGGAAAGCGGAAGGUCUGAGGGGGUUAAUCAGUGAUUUGUGAACAGAUUCUGCAAGAGAAGAAAUCAAUGGAGGAGGCGACUUUGCCAAGUGAUAAACAAAUAAGAUGGGCAUUCAUCCGAAGGAGAUCGAAUUGUACAACCCAUAGAUUGACUCAUCCACGUUUGCUUGGAAUAAAAUUAUUGUUUGGGGUGCUAGCCCACCUAUAUGGAUAGUUGAAGUGAUAAUGGAGAACUAUAAUGUAGGCUUUGCACGCGAGAUGUAAUUUGAGUAAUAAUAAUAAGCAGGUUGGUUAUAAAAAAGGAAAAUAUUAUUUUCAUCUUUUUUCGAUGAAUAGUUUUAUCUUUUUAAUUGUUGACAAAUGAGGUGGAAAUUUUAAAAAUUAAAAUUUUUAUUUAUUUUAUUAAUUUUUAAUUGUCAUGUCACAUAUUUAACGGUCAACUAUAAGAGUUGAUUGCCAAGUAAGCAAAAAUUAACGGAGUUGGACGGAGAGUGACCGAAAUUGAAAUGUUUUACUAAUUUUAGUGAUCACGAAUGGAAUUUAAUAUUUUUAGUGACCAAAAGUGAACAUUUUUAGUAAUCCCAAUUACCAACAUUGCAAUCUACCCGGAAAAUUAAUAUGUACAAAACAAACACCAAUGAUGAGUAGAAGAAUGAUGCCGAAAUACAAUUGGUGUCUAAAAAUAAUUAUGUUAUAAGUACAAUACAAUAGACUAUAUAUUCAAGAUAGAGAUAGCAACCGGUUCGGGUGAAAUCGAUAUAAACUUCAUAACCAAAAGUAGUUACGGAUAUAAUAUGGUAUACCAAAACCUACCUGUAUGUAGUUCGGAAAAACUCUUUUCCACCAUCCCCAUGCAAUAAUAUGUAUCGUUCUUGGUAUAGUGAGAAUAUUUUUUAGAAUGUCAAUGUUACUUUUAAGUUCUUUUUUACGACAUUUGCGUCUUAUAAAAUUUUAACGCAUUAGAGAUAUGAAUGAUUGAAAUGUUGAAGUGAGUGUGUCUAAAUCAUAAUUGUAACCAAGCUUGAAGAAAGCGUUAGGCAUAAGGCAAGGGAUGAGGCUCUGCCUAGCGCCUAACAUGCCUAGAUAAGCCUAAGCAUUGAAUGUAAAUGUAGCAAACUAUCAGACUUGCCUAGAAUCACAAGUUUACGAAUCAAUAUCAUUGCGUCCAUCUCUCAUUUCUAGAACCUCAUCAACAACACAUGAUAAAGUAUAAAACAUAGUCUGGAAAAAUGAGAAAUGAAGAAGAAGCAGGAAAUAGCAUAGUAGAUUGUGAGAGAAGAAGGGCAAAAAAGAUGAAAGAAGAAGCUACAUUAAAGAUGUUUGUCACUAACUCCAGCCUAGAAGCUAGCAACAAUUGGGAGGGGAAGAAGGAAAAGGGAGGACGGUUUUGAUUUAUUUCUAACCUAGUAGCAUAUCAAAAGGUAGAAAAGAGACAUUGUGACGUCGUUUUGAGGCGCAACUCAGUGCUGACUAGGCGUCAAGGGGGCCACUUCAUCAUUGAGACGCACUAUCUGUUGUUAAUUAUGGCCAAGGCGGGGCAUUUUUCUUCUCCCUACCGCCUAUGCGAGUGUCUAGGCGUGUUUUUUAGAACCGUGGUUGUAACACUUAUUCAAGUGGAUUUGGUGCGAAUAUUUAAAAUAUCAAAAUCGCACCAGAUCCAUUAACCUCUUUUUCGGAAUCUCGAAAAACUCAUCCAAAACUAAUAUCUAUUUGAUUUUCUCCAACCUAAUCGAUUCAAAUUCUGUUGGAUACCCAUGUGGAUGGAUGAUUUUCCCAUCCCUAAUCCAAGUAUAUUACUCUUAAAGGAAAUUAAAACAACCAUAGUAAAAUAACCUAAAAUUA